CAUGCAGAAACCUGCUGGAAGAUCUCGUGUUCUCUGCCUAAUUUUGUUCACCAGGAACCAGUUGCAGGAUUCUGUGGCAGACGGCUGACUUGUAUUAUUGAGAAUGUCACAUGUUUUUAGGCAAUGGUUCUGAUUACGUGACUUCAACUAUGUAAGAUUUUGAGCUCUGUAGUUCAGUCCUUUGUUCAACUGAAAUGAAGAAAACAGAUGGAGUAAUAUAAGUAUACAGCAGUCCUCUGGGAAAAAAAGAGAGAAAAAAGCUGAGUACUUCGGCAUAGGAUCGCAAGAUGUGGGUUAAAGCUCUGGUUUGCCUUCUCCCCAAUCUGCUUAUAGGCAUGAGUCUUGCCACCGCCGUAAGAUGCUAUGGCACAGGUAACUUUACAACUAAUAGUACAUACGGUAUAAACCGCGACCUCAUCCUCGCUUCUCUCCCAGCUAAUGUCUCAGCAAACGGUGGUUUCUUCACUACCACUAUUGGCCAAGUACCCAACAAAGUUUAUGCUCUUGGUCUUUGCAGAGGAGACUCUCCUCCAGAAGAUUGUUUUGGCUACCUCGAUUCCACAACUCACGAUCUCAUAGCCAAGUGUCCCAACCAGAAAGAAGCCAUUUCAUGGGGAGGGAAUCCACCGUCUAUGGUAAGCUAUGCAGAUCGCUCGUUUUUUGGAAUCCUGGAGCUAGAGCCUUACGAUGCAGAACCUAACGUGUACGACAUCAACUCGAACUUAACACAGUUUUAUCAUGUUUGGGAGACUUUGAUGGUUAGCGUGGUGACAAAUGCUUCCAUGGGUUCUUCUAAGCUUAAGUAUUCAACUGGUGAAGCAGAAUCCGCAGACUCUCAAACGAUUUACGCACUAAUGCAGUGCACUCCAGAUUUAUCCCAGAGUGAUUGUGAAACCUGCUUAAGGGAAUCCGUGGGUCUAUACCGAAGUAGGUUUAAUAGGAAGCAGGGAGGUUAUGUUCAGAGACCUAAUUGUUGGUUCAAGUGGGACUUGUCUCGUUUCUAUGUUCCAAAUGCUUCUACUACUGCUCCAUCCUUAUCUCCACCACCACCAGCUGAAAGUCCUCCUCCACCUACGACGAACAUUACAAUCACAAAAGAGGGUGGAGGCAUUUCAUCUCAAACUGUACUAGUCAUUGUCGUUCCAAUCAUGGUUUUCGUGGCAGUGGUCCUCAUUGCAAGCGCCAUUCUCCUUAGAAGGAGGAAACCAAAGCAGAAGAAUGAAACUGCAGAUGAAACGAGCUGUGAAGAAUCUUUCCAAUUUGACUUCAAUGCAGUCAGAGUUGCAACAGAUAACUUCUCCCCUGCAAAAAAGAUUGGAAAAGGUGGAUUUGGUGUUGUUUACAAGGGCAAGCUUCCCGAUGGACAAGUUGUAGCUGUGAAGAGGUUAUCUGGAAAUUCUGAACAAGGUGAACAAGAAUUUAAGAAUGGAGUCUUGUUAAUGGUAAAGCUUCAACACAAAAAUUUGGUUAGUCUUCUAGGUUUUAGCUUCGAAAAGAAAGAAAGGAUUCUCAUCUAUGAGUUUGUGCCUAACUCAAGCCUUGACAACUUCAUAUUCGAUCCAAUUAAGCGUUUACUACUAAACUGGGACAAGAGAUACAGAAUCAUAAAAGGAAUAGCUCGAGGAAUUCUUUAUCUUCAUCAAGAUUCUCAGUAUCGAAUCAUCCAUCGUGAUUUAAAAGCUGCUAACAUUUUGUUAGAUGAAGAGAUGAAUCCUAAAAUUUCAGAUUUUGGAAUGGCAAAGUUGUUUGUGGUGGAUCAAACUCAAGCUGAUACAAGAAGAAUUGUCGGGACAUAUGGAUACAUGGCUCCGGAGUACGCAAGGAAAGGGCAUUUCUCAGUCAAGUCUGACGUUUAUAGUUUUGGGGUCUUGGUUUUGGAAAUCGUUAGUGGUAAAAGUAUCAAUGGUUUCCGAGACGAGGAAACAGGAGUCAAUCUUAUAACCCAUGCAUGGAAAAAUUGGAACGAAGGGAACCCUUUGAAACUGAUAGAUGACAUCCUGUUGGAUGAUUCCAGGAGUGAAAUGUUGAGAUGUAUCCAUCUUGGAUUGCUAUGUGUUCAAGAAAAUAUUGCUCGUAGACCAACCAUGGACUCAGUUGUUCUCAUGCUUAGCAGCUCCUCCAUCUCUCUUCGGGCGCCCUCGAGACCUGCGUUUUUACUGCAAUCUGCCAAGGUACCGGAAGGGGGGCCUGAAUCAUCCGGUUCCAGUCAAUCUAAAAGUGCAGAGGUCCCAGUCACAGUAAACGAGGCUUCAUUUACUGAGCUAGAUCCUCGAUAAUGUUUAAGGAAAAUUGCUGCAUUGUUUGAGUAUCUUAGUCCUGAAAAACCUGUACCUCUUCUUCGGGGCACAAAGAAAGUGACUCAACUAAAAGAGAACUUAUCAAACUAUUUAAUUGUUCAUGAAGAGGAAAAGAAUAAGAAAAUUUUUCUAUGUAAUUGUACUAUCUUGUAAUUAUUCAAAAAUUG